AUUUAUAUUAAUAUAGAAUGAUUUCAUUUGAUCAGAUAUUAGAAGAGAAGAUAGGGUCAGGAAUUUAUUAACUUAGAACAGUUAGUAUAAUUGGAUUGAUUGAAUUUUGUGAUGGUAUAGAAUACGUUUUUAUGUCAAUUUUGAUGGCAAUAUUAUAAAAGGAAUGGUAAUUAUCAUAAACACAAGUUGCAACAUUAGGAUCAUCAUUUCUGGCAGGUGUAGUGAUAGGAAAUUGUAUUUGUGCUUAUAUUACUGAUAAAAUUGGUCGUAAAACGUCAUUUUCAAUAUUUGCAGGACUAUCAGUGAUAUUAGUAUAUUAUACAAGUUUUGCAGAGUCUUAUAAUGAAAUAGUAAUAUUAAGAUUACUAUUUGGAAUAGUAUUUGGUACAACAAGUCCCUUAGGUUAUGUUUUUAUAACUGAAGUAGCUGUGGCCAAAUAUAGAGGAAGAUUUGCAUUUUCAUUGACUUUAAUGUAUGUUGCAGGAAAAGCAUAUUUAGUAUUUUUAUGUUUUUUCUUUCUUGAAGAUUAUACAACAGGUAAUUGGAGAGGAUUAAUAAGAUUUAAUGGUAUACCUGUUUUACUAUGUUUUAUAUUAUCAAUAAUAUAUUUGAAAGAAACCAUCAGAUAUUAUUUAAAUAAAGGUUUGUACACUGUUGCUUUUUAAGAGAUUGAAGAAGUACAAAAAGAAAAUAAUAAUAAUUAAGAACGUUUGAAUGAAAAUGAAAAGGAUGGGUUAAUAAAUUGGUAGAUUAGAUAAAACAAUAUGAUGAUAAGAGAUAACUAAAAAGAAAAGAGUGGAGUAUUAUCAAAAUAACAUAUCAGAAUUACACUUUAAUUAUGGAGUUUGUUAAUAUUAGCAAAUUUUUAAAAUCUUAGUAUAUAUUUAUUGAUGCCAUUUUUAUUUGCAUAAUAGAAUUCAGGAUUUGAACAUAUGUUAUAUUUAUUUUUGAUUGAAUUUGUAUUUGCAUUUGUGAUCUAUUUAUUUAUAGAUGAUCCAAAAUAUGGAGGUAGAGUAAAUAUAAUAAUUUAUGCUUCAAUAUUAUUAGUAAUAACAAAUUUAUUACUUUAUAUUUAUCAGGCAUCUAUUUUAUUUGUUGGAAUGCUUUUAAUAAAGAUAGCAACUAGAGGGAUGUUUUCAACUUUAUUUAUUAUUUGUUGUGAAAGUUAUCCACUUCAUUUAAGAUCAAGAGGAAGUGGAUUAGCUAUGGCAAUAGGAAAAGUAGUUUCAAUCCCUUCUCCUUAUGUUCUUUUCCCUCUUUUUACUAUAGAUCCUUAUCUGCCAUUUUUAAUAUUGAGUAUAUUAGGAAUACUUAUGAUUGGAUUAUCAAUAACAUAUCCAUCUGAUCGUACAUAGAAACAUUUAGAAAUUUAUAGCGACGAUUAAAAAGAAGAAUGAUUAAUAAAUGUAUUUAUGUUUAAUA